CGUGAGAUGAGUUUCCCCUCCAGCUGUUUUGCCGUCGUUAACACAGCAGGUAUCUCUGACUGUCACUUCAUGCGUUCAUUUUGACGAAUGAAUUUAUCGUAUGUUCUGAAUGUGAGCGUUUGGACUCACACUUAAUGUUUUCCGGGCACAGCCUGAAGAUAAGUAUCGUCCUAAGCCUUAAAAGAGACGAGAUUUUGGGGGUGACGGUGAAGACAGGUCAUCAUCUUCAUCAUGCUGCUGGAGUUGUUUUGUCUCAUUCUGGCAUCUUGUUGCACCGGAGAGGCAAAGAGAAGGAAUGUGCUUCUAAUAAUUGCUGAUGAUGCAGGUUUUGAGACGGAGGUGUAUAACAACUCUGUGGUCCACACCCCCCACCUGCGCUCUCUGGCCCAGAGGAGCCUGGUGUUCAACAACGCCUUCACAUCUGUCAGUAGCUGCUCCCCCAGCCGUUCCACCAUCCUCACUGGCCUGCCACAGCAUCAGAACGGCAUGUACGGGCUUCAUCAGGGCGUCCAUCACUUUAACUCAUUUGAUGGUGUACAAAGUCUGCCGCUGCUCCUCAGGCAGGCCAACGUACACACAGGUAUAAUUGGAAAGAAGCACGUCGGUCCAGGAUCUGUAUACCCUUUUGAUUUUGCCUACACAGAGGAGAACAGCUCUGUCCUCCAGGUGGGGAGGAACAUCACCCGCAUUAAACUCCUGGUCCGCAAAUUCUUCCAGACCCAUAAAGAGGAAGCCGCUGAGCGAAGGCGAAGGAAAGAAGAGAAGAAAGGACAUGGUGAUGAUGAAGAGAGGCCAUUUUUCCUCUAUGUUGCCUUCCACGACACCCACCGAUGUGGACAUUCGCAGCCACAGUAUGGAGCUUUCUGUGAGAAGUUUGGAAAUGGUGAAAUGGGGAUGGGAAGAAUACCUGACUGGACACCACAGUAUUACACACCAGAACAAGUAAAGGUUCCACCUUUUGUGCCGGACACACCUACAGCACGAGCUGACUUGGCUGCACAGUACACCACAGUUAGCAGGCUGGAUCAGGGCAUUGGAUUGGUUCUUCAGGAGCUCCGGGAUGCCGGUUAUGAGAACGACACUCUGGUCAUCUACAGCUCAGAUAACGGCAUCCCCUUCCCCAACGGCAGAACCAACCUCUAUCACUCCGGGAUAGCAGAACCCAUGCUGGUGUCCUCUCCAGAACACAGGGAGCGAUGGGGGGACACCAGCCAGGCCUAUGUCAGUCUUCUAGACAUCACUCCCACCAUUCUGGACUGGCUCUCUGUCCCCUACCCGUCCUACACCCUCCCCGGAAGCCCUGCCACCCCUGUCCACCUCACCGGUCGCUCCUUACUGCCUGCUCUGGUCACCGAGCCGAGCCACUGGAACACCAUCUACGCCAGCCAGUCCCUCCACGAGGUAACCAUGUACUACCCAACCCGCUCUGUCCACCAGGGGGCGUACCACCUUCUCCACAACCUACACUACCGCAUGCCCUUCCCCAUCGACCAGGACCUGUACGUGUCACCCACCUUCCAGGACCUGCUGAACCGCACCAGGCUGAGUCAGCCGACGCACUGGUUCAAAAGCCUGGAGCAGUAUUACUACAGAGAGCGCUGGGAGCUGUAUGACUCCAGGACAGACCCACUGGAAAUGAGGAACCUGGUCUCAGACCCGUCCUACAGCGCCGUGCUGGAGAGCCUGAGGCAGAGUCUGCAGAAGUGGCAGUGGGAGACGGGAGACCCCUGGGUCUGUGGACCAGACUACGUCCUGGAGGACAAACUAGAGCCACAUUGCAGACCACUUUACAAUGGACUCUGAUUGAAUCUAAUGAUACUUUUACUCAUCCUGAUUGACAUGAUGUCCACAUACAUGAACACAUUCGUCUUAUGAAAUAAAUGAUGUUUAUUUGUAUUUAUAUUUUUAUAUGUCAGUGCUGCUUCUUAUGCUCAAAAAUAAACAAAUUUUAAGUCG